AUGGCUGCCUUCAGAGGGACGACUAAUGAUAAUUCUUCAACGACGCUUGAUUCGACGGCGGCCCCGGGCACGGAGAAGACCACAAUUAUUGGUGAAGACCCCCUAAAUCGGCAAGCGACGCAAUUGGGAGAGCUCGAAGCGCAAGCCAUACCACUUGAAAACGAUGCGUUUGGUAACGAGGAAGGCGCUGAGGUCCAAUACAAAACGUGUAAUUGGUGGAAUACUGGCAUCCUGAUGCUUGCCGAAAAUGUCUCUCUCGGCGUACUUGCCCUUCCUCAAGCACUUGCGAUUCUCGGUCUCGUUCCAGGUCUUCUCUGUAUAUGUCUGUUAGGUAUCAUCGCCACAUAUACGGGCUAUCUGAUCGGCGAGUUCAAACUGGCACAUCCAUCCAUACAAUCGUACGCCGAUUGCGGCACACUCCUCAGUGGGCCUAUUCUCCACGAAUUGCUCGCUGUUGGCCAAGUGGUGGUAUUGAUAUUCAUCAUGGGCGCGCAUAUCUUGACAUUUGGGGUCGCGAUGAACGCCAUGACUGAUCAUGGGACCUGCACUAUCAUCUUCACUGUCAUUGGAUUGGUUCUUUCACUCGUGCUGGGGCUUCCAAGGACAUUCAAGAAUAUCAGCUAUAUUAGCUUCUUCUCCUGUGCAUCUGUCAUUGUAGGUGUCACUAUCACGAUAAUCGCUAUCGGUAUCCAGAAGCCGAAUAUGGGCAACAUUGUUGCGGUGCGACCCGACGUACCACUGGUCUUGGGACUAGCUCCUGUCAUGAACAUCGUUUUAGCAUACAGCGGCCAUGUGGCAUUCUUCUCCUUUGCGUCGGAGCUCCAAAACCCUCGCGAUUUUCGCAAAGCCCUCUUCUUCGAGCAGGGAGUGGCUGUGGGAUUUUACAUGCUCAUCUCCGUGGUCAUUUACUACUACGCCGGACCGGAUGUCGCCUCGCCUGCCUUGGGCUCCGCAUCGCCGCUCGUCAGCAAGAUAUGCUUUGGUAUCGCUCUACCCACAAUCAUCGUCGCUGGUGUUGUCAAUGGCUCAGUGGCGACCAAAUACGUAUAUCUGCGUAUAUGGAAGGGGACGAAUGUCGUACACACCAACAGCUGGAAGGCCCUGGGCAGUUGGUGGGCAAUCUGCACCGUAGCAUGGCUCGCAAGUUGGAUCCUGGCCGAAGCGGUGCCUAACUUCAAUCUGCUGCUGGGCUUGAUCGGUGCGCUGUUCGGAAGUUGGUUCAGCUAUGCCUUCCCUCCUCUCCUCUGGUUAUGGCACAACAACAAGAAUGGCAGGUCAUUCGCCACAAAACGGCAGACGAUACUUAGCAUCUUCAACGGCUUGCUUGUGGUGCUUGGGAUGGCCGUUUUCGGGUUGGGCAUGUGGUCGUCUGGCUGGGCACUCCACAAUGGGUCUGGCGGCAAGGUCUUUUCCUGCGAGAACAACUGGCAUGCCAAGACCGCCAAGUGA